CUGACCUUCUACACUUCCCUUUCCAUUCAUAGCUCCAAUACUUUCUUUUAAAUUUUUUUCUUCACUACACCUUUUAAAGUUUUCAACAAAAUAGCAAUGUCCAGUUCCAAAACCCUGGAUAAACCCUUGAGAGGCUUGGAUCCAAGCCUGGUCCAAGCUGGGUUUUCUCUAAUUCAGAGGAACACAUCCACAACUCAACCCAAUGAGAGACGAGGAAGGAGAAAGCAGGCGGAGCCAGGGAGGUUUCUUGGAGUGAGAAGGCGACCAUGGGGGAGAUAUGCUGCUGAAAUCAGAGACCCCACUACUAAGGAGAGGCACUGGCUGGGUACUUUUGAUACUGCUCAAGAGGCUGCUCUUGCUUAUGAUAGGGCUGCCCUUUCAAUGAAGGGUACCCAAGCAAGAACCAACUUCAUAUACUCUGACAACACUACUUUCCACUCUCUUCUUACUCCUUUUGAUGUUCAAACCCUCUUACCACCAUCACAAUUCCUCACUGCCAACCACACUAAGCAACCUUCCAAUCAUAACACUUCAUGCCACCCUCAUACUUCUCAAAGUGAUCAGACCCCUACCCAAUCCAAUAAUAUUGAGGUGUGUGCUCAAACUUCAUAUGAGACACCACUUAGUAGUAAUAACAAUACUAGUAGUUUCUUCUUCUCCACUGAUUCUAACUCGGGCUACUUGGGCUGUAUAGUUCCUGAUAACUGCUUGAACCCUCCUUCCAGUGCCACUGGUUUGAACCACAAUAACAGCAAUUCCAAUACUUCGAGCGAUCAGAACUUUUGCUCAAAGAGCAUGAGUUUCCCUGAAACUGAGUUACAGUGUGGUGGUAGCAAUACACUUCCUAUAGAUGCUGUUAAUGCAGCUAGCCCUGGAGAUUUUCCAAGCUUUGAUGAACUCAGUGGGGGAUUCUGGGGCAAUGAGCAGUCGUGGGAGCUGAACUCCAGUGAACUCUCGGCCAUGAUCAACAACCCAUUGAUGGUGGAGGAUGGAUGCAUGGGAGCUUUGUAUCCAAUGAUGGACAACCCCACUUAUGGGGUAAUGUCUCAAGCUGCAGCUUCAGUAACUUGCUCUCCAUCACUUCCUCCUUUUGGUGAUGUGGUUGACUUGGGCUAUUCACUCUUUUGAAGGCCGGUAGGAGUACAUCAUUCAGAAAGGGUACUAGUCA